AUGGCUUUAUCCCUCACGCCGAAGACGAAAGAGAUACUCUUCCAGGCACGGAAGAUAAUACCGCCGUUGUUGGAGAAGUUUCAUAAAGGACAGAUGGGUCGUGUAGCCGUCAUUGGCGGGUGUGAAGAUUACACCGGUGCUCCGUUUUUUAGUGCUAAUGCUUCGGCGUUACUUGGUGCCGACCUCUCCCACAUAAUCUGCGAACCCAAUGCCGCAGGUGUCAUAAAAACUUAUAGUCCAAAUCUAAUGGUCCAUCCGUAUAUGUUGCAAUCGAACCAUUUACCACCGGAUUCGAAGGAAAAUGCAGAGUCACUGUCGAAGAGGAUUAUUGGCAUGUUGGAUCGGUUACAUGUUAUUGUUGUGGGACCCGGGCUGGGGAGGGAUGAGUUGAUGUUGAAGACGGCUAGGAUUGUGGUUAAAGAGGCGAGGGAGAGGGGGAUGGGAAUUGUUAUUGAUGCUGACGGCCUCUUACUAAUCUCCUCAACUCCAUCACUAAUCCGUAACUACAAAAACGCCAUCUUAACCCCCAACGUCGUCGAAUUCUCCCGUCUAUGUAAAGCCCUAAACGUCGACUCCUCAACCUCCCCAGCAACAGCCUGCGCCCGCCUAGCAAAAGAACUAGGCGGCGUAACAAUCAUCCAAAAGGGUAAACAAGACACAAUCUCAAAUGGUACAGACACAAUAGCCUGCGACGUACCCGGUGGAUUAAAAAGAAGUGGCGGACAAGGUGAUACUUUAACCGGUUGUUUAGGAACCUUUUUGGCGUGGAAGAAGGCUUACAAAGAAGGUCUUUGGGAUGAUGAUGAUAUUGUUGGAAAUGAAAGUGGAGAUGGUAAGAAGUUGGGAGAGGAGGAGUUGAUGAGGCUGGUGGCGUUUGCGGGGAGUGCGGUUACGAGGACGUGCUCGAAUUUGGCGUUUAAGGAGAGGGGUAGGGCGAUGCAGGCUAGUGAUUUGCAGGGGCAUAUUCAGAGGGCUUUUCAGAUGCUUUUUGAGGAUGGUCAGGGGGAGGGGGAGAAGGGGGCCAGGCUUUGA